CAUCUCUCCAGCGAUCUUUUUAUGAUUAACUGUUUAAUCCUGGAUGAAUUAAGGGCCUAAUGUGUGCAAAGUAGCUUGCCAGGGGAAGUUCCCUUCUUGCGGAACCACUUCCACCAGAAGCGGAGACUUGCCCUCUGAGUCUUCCACCCGCCAGGGGCCGCUGUAGGAAACACUAGGCGUCCUUCCGUACGACACUCUUUGACCCCGCGAAGCCGUUGCCCGGAGCUAAGAUGGCGGCGUCGGUAGUUGCUGCAGCCGGGAGGCUGCGGCGAGCUAUUGGGAGGUCGUGCCCAUGGCAGCCAUUCUCAACCGAGCCCAGUCCACCCCAUGGAGCGGCCGUGCGGGACGCCUUCCUGAGCUUCUUCCGAGAUCGCCAUGGCCACCGGCUCGUGCCCUCCGCUUCCGUGAGGCCGCGCGGCGACCCCAGCCUGCUUUUCGUCAAUGCAGGCAUGAACCAGUUCAAGCCCAUCUUCCUGGGCACAGUGGAUCCACGAAGCGAGAUGGCAGGCUUCCGACGUGUAGCUAAUAGCCAGAAAUGCGUCAGGGCUGGAGGACGCCAUAACGACCUGGAGGAUGUGGGCCGUGAUCUCUCUCAUCAUACAUUUUUCGAGAUGCUUGGAAAUUGGGCUUUCGGGGGUGAAUAUUUUAAGGAGGAAGCUUGCAGCAUGGCCUGGGAACUACUGACUCAAGUCUAUGGGAUCCCUGAGGACAGGUUAUGGGUCUCCUACUUCAGUGGUGACUCCAAGACAGGGCUGGAGCCAGACCUGGAGACCAGAGACAUCUGGCUUAGCUUGGGAGUGCCUGCCAGCCGUGUGCUCUCUUUCGGACUACAAGAGAACUUCUGGGAGAUGGGAGACACCGGGCCUUGUGGGCCUUGUACUGAGAUCCACUAUGACCUGGCUGGCGGGGUGGGAAGCCCCCAGCUGGUAGAGCUUUGGAAUCUGGUCUUCAUGCAACACUACAGAGAGGCAGAUGGAAGCCUGCAGCUGCUGCCGCAGCGACAUGUGGACACAGGAAUGGGCCUGGAAAGGCUGGUGGCCGUACUGCAGGGCAAACGUUCCACUUACGACACCGACCUCUUCUCUCCAUUGCUUGACGCCAUACACCAGAGCUGCGGGGCUCCCCCUUACUCUGGCCGCGUAGGGGCAGCAGAUGAGGGACGAAUAGACACAGCAUACCGCGUCAUAGCCGAUCACAUCCGCACUCUCAGUGUCUGCAUUGCUGAUGGUGUCUCCCCAGGGAUGUCAGGUGCCCCGCUAGUUCUUCGUCGGAUUCUCAGACGAGCUGUGCGCUAUUCCACAGAGGUCUUGCAGGCCCCGCCUGGCUUUCUAGGCAACCUGGUGCCAGUGGUGGUGGAGACAUUGGGAACUGCUUAUCCAGAACUUCAGAAGAACUCAGUCAAGAUAGCCAGCCUGGUGUCAGAGGAUGAGGCAGCCUUCCUGGCCUCCCUGCAGCGAGGCCGUCGGAUCAUUGAUCGCACUGUUAAGCGCUUGGGCCCUUCUGAUUUAUUCCCUGCUGAAGUGGCCUGGUCAUUGUCACUGUCUGGGAAUCUGGGGAUUCCCCUGGACCUGGUGGAACUGAUGCUAGAGGAGAAGGGGGUGCAGCUUGACACUGCCGGACUAGAGCGGCUAGCCCAAGAGGAGGCUCAGCACCGGGCCCGGCAGGCAGAGGCAGUUCAGGAGGAAGGAUUGUGUCUUGAUGUCCACGCACUGGAGGAGCUGCACCGUCAAGGCAUACGCCCAACUGAUGACAGCCCCAAGUACAACUACUCCCUUCGCCCCGACGGGGAUUAUGAGUUUGGCCUCUGUGAGGCCCAGGUGUUGCAGCUGUAUUUAGAGACUGGGACGGCUGUGGCCUCCGUGGGAGCAGGCCAGCGCUGUGGCCUCUUAUUGGACAGAACCAACUUCUAUGCUGAACAAGGGGGUCAGGCUUCAGACCGAGGCUACCUGGUUCGUACAGGGCAACAGGAUGUGUUGUUCCCUGUGUCCCGGGCUCAGGUCUGUGGUGGCUUCAUCCUGCAUGAGGCCAUGGCUCCCGAGUGCUUACAGGUGGGGGACCAAGUGCAGCUGUAUGUGGAUAAGGCCUGGCGAAUGGGAUGCAUGGUAAAGCACACGGCCACCCACCUGCUGAGCUGGGCACUUCGACAGACCCUCGGGCCGACCACCGAGCAGCGGGGCUCCCAUCUCAACCCCGAACGGCUGCGCUUUGAUGUGGCCACCCAGGCCCCACUGACCACAGAGCAGCUACGGACAGUAGAGUGCUACGUGCAGGAAGCCGUGGGGCAGGAUAAGCCUGUGUACAUGGAAGAAGUGCCCCUGGCACAUACUGCCCAUGUCCCUGGCCUCCGCUCACUGGAUGAGGUGUACCCAGACCCCGUUCGGGUAGUGUCAGUGGGGGUUCCUGUGGCCCAUGCACUGGCACCAGCCUCCCAGGCUGCACUGCAGACCUCAGUGGAGCUGUGCUGUGGAACGCACCUGCUAAGUACCGGGGCCGUGGGGGACUUGGUGAUUAUUGGGGAUCGCCAGCUGGUCAAGGGCAUCACUCGCCUACUGGCUAUCACUGGGGAGCAGGCCCAACAGGCCCGAGAGGUGGGCCAGAGCCUGUGUCAGGAGGUGGAAGCAGCCAGCGAGCGACUGAGUCGGGGCAGCCGAGACCUGCCGGAAGCUCACCGGCUAUCUAAGGACAUAGGACGUCUCACCGAGGUCGCAGAGUCUGCUGUGAUACCCCAGUGGCAGCGGCAGGAGCUACAGACCACACUGAAGAUGCUACAGCGCCGGGCCAACACUGCCAUCCGGAAACUGGAGAAGGGCCAGGCUACAGAGAAAUCCCAGGAGCUGUUGAGACGGCACUCAGAGGGGCCUCUGAUCGUGGACACCGUCUCUGCCGAAUCCCUCUCAGUGCUGGUUAAGAUCGUGAAUCAGCUGUGCAAGCAAGUUCCCAGCAUGUCUGUGCUGCUGCUCAGCCCCCAGCCUACUGGCAGCGUCCUGUGUGCCUGCCAGGUGGCCCAGGGUGCCACACCUACCUUUACAGCUGAGGCCUGGGCACUAGCUGUGUGCAGCCACAUGGGAGGCAAGGCUUGGGGCUCUCGAGUGGUAGCCCAAGGCACUGGACACACUGCUGACCUGGAGGCUGCCCUGAGGACAGCCCGAGCUUAUGCACUCAACCAGCUUUGACUAGGCCCACCCAGGGCACAAGGGACUAAGAGGCAGGCAAGCAUCUGGAGCCCUCAUGGAACCACAGAGCUGUCCUGGAGGCUGAGGCAGAGAACCAACAGCCAGAGGUAUCUGAGCCAAAGAAGGCCACCUGGGCCACCGGGAGAUGAGCAAAAACAAAAAUGAACUGAGAGGCAGCAACCCCAACAAAUGUGAAGACCCGGGCUGCUAUAGCUGGGAGCAACUAUUAAAAGUAUUUCAUAGGACCGGA